CAGAAUAUCAGCCCACACACACACACAUCUCUCUCUCUCUCUCUCUCUCUCUCUCACACACACACACACACACACACACACACCAGGACAUCAGUUGUGCAGACGUGAAGGUGUGAGUUCUUCUGUCCUCCAUUUGAUCCUGUUGUUAAAGAACCUGAUCCCUGCAGGACUGAGGAGAGAGUAUGAGUGAGAUUCGUUCCUCAGAAACUCAAUGCGGUACCAAGGAGCUGAUGGAUGAUGGGAAAAAAGCCCCGGUGGAAAAGGUGUCUAAACCUCCCAGUCAGGACGGCGAGGAGGAAAUCGACAUCGACCUGGACGCUCCAGAGACGGAGAAAGCAGCUCUGGCCAUCCAGAAUCAGUUCAGACGUUUCCAGAAGAAAAAGAAGUAGAGAAGAAGCAGAAGAAAGGCAGGACGCAGGAGGAAAGAAGCUGCAAAGGAGGAGGAGGAGGAGAAGUGCGUGGGUGGAAAAUUAGGGGUCUCAGAAUACCAAAUAACAGUCUUUCCUACUGACACAGUGACAAUUACAUCUCACACGCUCUCUCUUUGUCUUUUUAUUUCUUUCUCGCUCUCUUUCUUUCUUGCAAUAAUUCCUGCAAUAGUAAUCAUCACUGCGUCGUAACGGCUUCUGUUCCUACAUAAAAUACAAUAAUGUAAAAUAAACACUGAGAAAUCAAUAAAUUCGUUCAUUCUGACUAGUAGGUGAUAAAUAUUUGAACCAUAUCAAAUUAUUUACUAUUAAAUUAACAAGUUAUUAUUAAGCCAGCUAGCUCACUAAGUUAACCAGUGCACACAGCGAAGAAAGCAAGCGAUCUGGCUAAAAUUAGAUAAAAUGUUUUUAUGUUAAAAUGCUGAAAUGAAAGGUUUCAACAGCGUCUUCCAGAGAGGACAGAUCCUUCCAUCCCAAACCUUACAUCCAGCAGAGUUAAUUUAUAACAACGGACAACAACAUGCAGGAGUGUGACGAGAUGUGUGACUGCAUACGCCGCAGGAUAGCCUGAAUAGCAGAAAAGCAGAAAACAGCAUGGAUAAUGGCAGAUAUUUAUCAGAUUUAAUUAGUAAUAACUCUAUUAUUAUUAUUAGAAAGAUUGUUUAACAGUUCUCCAUAAAAACAGAGAGAUAAAUCAGAGGAAAUGACGAUAGAGAAUCUCAUGCACUAGCUGAUGGAUGACAUUGACGCUAUUUAUUUAUCAUCUAUUAUAUACUCAACUGGAUAGUGAUGUUCAUAUCUGUUAGUAAUAUUGUUAUUAGGCAUCUUACACAUAUUCCUUACCUAAAUGGUGGUCUACAGCAAAGUAUAAAUAAAUGACAUUUUCAUUAAAAACUCAGUGAUGAUGAUCUGAGAUCUGAUGAUGAGGUUUUAUUGCUAUAAAUGUAAAAGCCAUAAUUCAUUUGAUAAUCAUUUACGAAUCUAAUGAGAUUGGGGAAGUGGUACAUCUAAAAAGAAUUCCCAGUGAGGACAGAAUUAUUGCUGGUAUCUAUUCAUGAUUUCAUUUAUAUUCCAGUGGGAAUGUUGUUGGUGAAAAUGUCUCUUGCAUGAAUGCAAAGUGAUGCAUUAGAAACAAUUUGCAGAGAAAGUUUGUGAAGUGAUUUAUUUCUCCAUCUGUGUCAUGCAAAUCUCAUUAUUAUUAUUAUUAUUAUUAUUAUUAUUAUUAUUAUCUCAUUACUAUUUGUGCUUUAAUUCCACUCCAAAACAAGAUGAUCAACAAAAUCUCUGGAAUCCAGUUCAUCUGGAUGACAUCACCAUGCUGCGUUUAAGCUGAUGAAGUGACUAUUAAAAUAAAACCACCAGGUUAUGUUCACAUAAUAAUGACUGUAGCUUUCGAUCAAUAAAUUCUUGAAUAUGUGAUGACCCAGCUCCAUUUGGGACACAAGCACUGGGUCCUUGGGUUCA